UAAUAGAAUCUUGGAAAAGGACUCUUUUGUUCUAGGGUUUUACUUUUCCAUCCACUGUCAAUGGCAUUCAAGAGGGUCAAGAAAGAAGUGGGUUGUGAACUCUACUUUUUGGGAUUUUUCAAAAAGGACAUGAAUGUGUGAAGAACCCAUUUGUGGAGAGGUUUCAUGGUUUUGAUUGAUGUUGUUGACUGCUAUUUCUACUGUUUCUGGGCUAAUCUAAGUGUUCCUUUCAAUGGCUCAUCACUCCGAUGACACAAAAGAAAUGGACAUUAGGAGCUUGUCAUCAUCACAACAUCAGGUGCAGAAUUUUCCAUACAUUCACAAGGUGGGACUUCCCCCGAAGCAAAACCUUUUCAAUGAGUUCAAGACCACUGUGAAAGAGACUUUCUUCGCAGAUGAUCCUCUACGUCACUUCAAGGAUCAACCCAAGUCUCGGAAAUUCAUUCUUGGCUUGCAAGCCAUAUUCCCCAUUCUUCGAUGGGUCCGAAAUUACAAUUUCUCAAAAUUUAGAGGGGAUCUUAUUGCCGGAUUAACCAUUGCAAGUCUCUGCAUUCCUCAGGAUAUUGGGUAUGCAAAGCUUGCAAAUUUGGAGCCCCAGUAUGGACUGUACUCCAGCUUUGUUCCCCCUCUGGUAUAUUCCUUUAUGGGUAGUUCGCGAGAUAUAGCUAUAGGACCGGUGGCUGUGGUGUCCCUUCUUUUGGGGACCAUGCUUCAGAAUGAGAUAGAUUCUAGUGAAAACGCUGCUGAAUACCUGCGGCUUGCAUUUACAGCUACAUUUUUCGCUGGCAUCACCCAAGCAACUCUUGGUUUUCUAAGAUUGGGUUUCUUAAUUGACUUCCUAUCUCAUGCUGCUGUUGUUGGUUUUAUGGGUGGAGCUGCCAUUACCAUUGCUCUACAGCAACUAAAAGGUUUCCUUGGCAUCAAGAAAUUCACAAAGAAAACAGAUAUUGUUUCUGUAUUGCACUCAGUUUUUGGUUCGGCCAAUCAUGGUUGGAACUGGCAGACUAUAGUCAUUGGAUCAUCCUUUUUGGCUUUCCUCCUAUUUGCCAAGUACAUUGGGAAGAAGAACAAAAAACUUUUCUGGGUAUCUGCUAUCGCUCCGCUUAUCUCUGUGGUCUUAUCAACCUUUUUUGUGUAUGUCACUCAUGCAGAGAAGCAAGGAGUUCAAAUAGUGAGGCAUAUAGACAAAGGAAUCAAUCCUCCAUCUAUUGAUAAAAUAUAUUUCACCGGAGACAAUCUCCUAAAAGGCUUUAGGAUUGGUGUUGUGGCCGGCAUGAUAGCAUUAACGGAAGCUGUAGCAAUUGGAAGAACAUUUGCUUCCAUGAAGGAUUAUCAGCUUGAUGGAAACAAAGAAAUGGUUGCACUCGGAGUAAUGAAUGUUGUUGGAUCAAUUACUUCCUGCUAUGUCACAACAGGUUCCUUCUCUCGCUCAGCUGUAAAUUACAUGGCUGGCUGCCAAACUGCUGUUUCAAAUAUCAUAAUGUCCAUUGUUGUAUUCCUAACUUUGGAAUUCCUCACUCCUCUUUUUAAGUACACCCCAAAUGCCAUUCUUUCUUCCAUCAUUAUAUCGGCAGUAAUCGGGCUAAUUGACUUUGAGGCGGCAAUUCUAAUAUGGAAGAUCGAUAAAUUUGACUUCAUUGCUUGCAUGGGAGCGUUUUUUGGUGUUGUUUUUGCCUCUGUUGAGACGGGGCUCUUAAUUGCAGUCUCGAUAUCCUUUGCUAAAAUCCUCCUACAAGUUACGAGGCCACGAACAGCAAUUCUUGGAAGGAUUCCAAGGACAAAUGUUUACCGGAACAUCCAGCAAUAUCCUGAAGCAACUAAGGUCCCUGGUGUUUUGAUUGUGAGAGUUGAUUCUGCAAUCUACUUUUCAAACUCCAACUAUAUCAGGGAAAGGAUAUUGAGAUGGCUGACUGACGAGGAAGAGCAAUUGAAAGCAUCAUGUCUACCUAAAAUCCAAUUUUUGAUUGUUGAGAUGUCGCCUGUCACCGAUAUCGACACCAGUGGCAUCCACGCCCUAGAAGAGCUGUAUAGGAGCCUCCAAAAGAGAGAUGUUCAGCUUGUUCUGGCGAAUCCUGGACGAGCGGUGAUCGACAAGCUGCACGCAUCCAGCUUUGCAGACUUGAUCGGAGAGGACAAGAUCCUCCUCACGGUGGCAGACGCUGUUGUGACCUGUGCACCACAAGCAGGAGAAGAGGUUUGAGAUGAAAAUUGAAGAGGCAAAAGACCAAAACAAUGGCUGCAAACAGACACCGUAGCUUUUUUGAGAAGUGACCGGCAAUCAGAAGUUGCAGCUACUAGGAAACGUGCCAACCAAUGAAGAAGACGAACACAAGCCCAUCUUCCUGAAGCUUUGCCUGAAGCAGUUUCAGAACAAUGGCUGCAAAACUAUAUCUGUGUAGGCCUAGACAUGGUGCUGAAACUAGGAAGCUGGGGCAUAAACUAUGUAUUGUAGGACAAUAAGUUCUAGCUACUUCGAAAAUAUUUUUUAGUUUUCAACUUUAUACUAUAAAUUAAAAAUAUAUAUUUUUUGAUAUUUUAUAAAAGUAAAUGCUAUGAGAACUUGUUCUCAAUUAAUGAUGCAAACUUUUUGUUUCACUUUGA